AACACAAAAAACGGACGCAACUAACUGGCAGACGCUACAUCGUGGUCUUUCCGGGUCCUUCCCCGCUUAGACCGUACUCCUGCGGGUCCCGGCCCUGAAGGCGAGCCGGAAAGGACCGUCUACUAAGACUGGAGAGCAUCUGGUGCAAGUAAUCCAGGUUGUGGAAUGGCCCCGUGGGGGUGGCAGACUGACUGUCUGAAGCAAGCAAACUGAGGCCUUGGUUACAGAAUUCGCAAAAUGUUGGGGGAUGUGUGUGGAUUGAAAGAUUAUAUGCUCUGGUGUUAUCUGGUAAAGAAAAGAAAGAAGAAUAACCUAAGAGUUCUCCUGCCAGCUUCAGCUGCCAUCUAAAGUACUUGCGAGAAUCUGUCAUCACCUCACACAGUGACCCAAGGAAACGAAGGUCAGCAGAUUGGCAGGCCAGGUGUCAACCGUGAGGAGAAGAAAUGCAUAAAAACAGCUGGCAGAAUAGAAGACGUGGGAGAAGGAGCAACCAGCAGAACCCUCGGUUCAGGCAACAGGGUUCUGACGAGAGGGGUAACUCAGUGACACAGCAAAGCUCACAGGAUUCUGGCCAUGUCGGCGAUGACGAGGCCCCAUCGACCUCAUCCGGCACAGCUGGGAGUUCUUCCGUGCCAGAUCUGCCAGGGUAUUACUUUGACCCUGAAAAGAAACGAUACUUCCGCUUGCUCCCUGGACAUAACAACUGCAACCCCCUCACAAAGGAGGGCAUCCGGCAGAAGGAGAUGGAAAGCAAAAGGCUGCAGCUGCUGGAGGAAGAAGACAAGCAGAAAAAGAAAAUAGCCAGAAUGGGCUUUAAUGCAUCUUCACUGCUGCAGAAAAGCAAGCUGGGUUUUCUCAAUGUCACCAGUUACUGCCGUUUAGCUCAUGAGCUGCGAGUGAGCUGCAUGCAGAGGAAAAAGGUCCAGAUUCAGAGCUCGGAUCCCUCCGCUUUGGCAAGCGACCGAUUUAACCUCAUACUGGCAGAUACCAACAGUGACCGGCUCUUCACAGUGAAUGAUGUCAAAGUCGGAGGCUCCAAAUAUGGCAUCAUCAGCCUACGAGGUCUGAAGGCCCCCUCACUCAAGGUGCAUAUGCACGAAAACCUUUACUUCACCAACCGGAAGGUGAACUCUGUGUGCUGGGCCUCGCUGAAUCACCUGGACUCCCACAUUCUGCUCUGCCUCAUGGGCAUCGCAGAGACUCCGGGCUGUGCCACCCUGCUCCCAGCGUCGCUGUUCGUCAGUAGUCAUCCAGCAGGAGACCGGCCUGGCAUGCUCUGCAGUUUCCGGAUCCCUGGGGCCUGGUCCUGUGCGUGGUCCCUCAACAUUCAGGCGAAUAACUCCUUCAGCACAGGCUUGUCUCGGCGGGUCCUAGUGACCAACGUGGUGACGGGACACCGGCAGUCCUUUGGGACCAGCAGUGAUGUCUUGGCCCAGCAGUUUGCUCUCAUGGCUCCUCUGCUGUUUAAUGGCUGUCGUUCUGGGGAGAUCUUUGCCAUAGAUCUGCGUUGUCGAAAUCAGGGCAAGGGCUGGAAGGCCACCCGCCUUUUCCAUGACUCAGCAGUGACCUCUGUGCAAAUCCUCCAAGAAGAGCAAAACCUGAUGGCGUCCGACAUGGCAGGAACGAUCAAGUUGUGGGACCUGAGGACCACUAAGUGUAUAAGGCAGUACGAAGGUCAUGUGAACGAGUACGCCUACCUGCCCCUGCACGUGCAUGAGGAAGAAGGAAUUGUGGUAGCAGUGGGCCAGGACUGCUACACGAGAAUCUGGAGCUUCCAUGACGCCUGCCUGCUCAGAACCAUACCCUCCCCACACCCCACCUCCAAGGCUGACAUCCCCAGUGUGGCCUUCUCUUCUCGGCUUGGGGGUUUCCGGGGAGCCCCAGGGCUGCUCAUGGCCGUCCAGCAGGACCUUUACUGUUUCUCCUACACCUAAUUCUACAGGAUGCAGCCUGGAGGGAUGUGGAUUUGACGUAAGGGAGGAAGGAGCAGCCAGACUUCUGCCACAGUUGCUGGUUCCGCUGAGGGCAUUUUAAAUGGAUGCUCUGUGUACACAGAUCCCAUCCAUCCAGCUGCCGGGAAGUAGGUGCUGUUUUAUGUGGAGACACUUCAGUAAAGUUCUUUCAGUUAAGUUGUGAGCUCAGAGAACUCAAAAGUCCUUUUCAUAAAAGGUACUUAUUUCCUUGUUAAAUUCCUUAGAAUAGUCUGUGGCCCCCCUCCCUUUUUUUUUUUAAACAAGAAAUACUUUGCUAAGGGCUGAAGAUUGGCAGUAACUAAAUUCAAGCUGCUGCUUUCACCAAAAGCCCCCUUAAGAAGCCCAAUGAGGAGACUGGGUGAGGCUCUUAGUGCAGUCAGUGCCUGGGUCCCGGAAAGCUGUGCGCGUGGACUGGAGAAAGUCAGCUGGGGAGACCGGGAAGGCGCGGGGGGAAGGGGGGUCAUUUCUCUGAGUCUCUAGAGAUGAAGACUGAAGGCUGGAUUUUGGAGUCAUUUUUAAAAAGCCUUCUCAAGACUUAUUCAGCAUCCAUAGCAGACCUCACUUUCUCCUUUUACAACCAUUCAGAGGUAUUGGAAGGAAAGAUGGAUCUUUCUAGAUGCUAAAGGUUUUAAACAGGUCCUAGCGUGCCUUUGUUGAGGUGCCUUCCAGAACGUUAGGUAUAACAGCUCCUGUUUCUAUUACGGUGACUUGAAUGUCAGAUUUAAGGGCCCCAUCUCAAAGAAAAUUGGCUUUGACUUUUUGUAAUCUAGAAGAAGCACUUUGUGAGAUGUUUAUACAGCGUUCAAGAACCUGUCUUUCUACCAAACAAUAAACUAGAAAGAACCAUG